UUAGCCAUUAGGCCCGCGCUUUUCAUCCUUCUCCAUGGCACUCGGAGAGAGGGAUGAGUCCUCAUCUCCAUGGCCAGCAACCGCUCAACUUCGCACAGAUCAUCAACCUCCUCCGGCUGUCCGCAACGACGCAGAACCCAUCUCUCGGCCGAUCUCUCCAUGCCCACAUCAUUAAAACUGGCCUCCAUAAUUCCUCCCGUAUGCCGAACACAACCCUCAUCGGGAUGUACGACAGGUGCGCGCUCCUCCCGGAGGCCCGCCAAGUAUUUGACGAGAUGUCUCACAGAGACGCCGUCUCCUGGGCUUCCAUGCUCACCGCUUACACUCAUUCCGGCCACGCCGACCUCGCGCUGACUCUCUUUGCCUCCGUCUCCGCAGCCGGCGGCAUUGAGCUUGACGACUUCAUGUACGCCACGCUCGCGCGUGCCUGCGGUAGCGUAGCCGCGUUGAGGCAAGGCAAGCAGGUGCACGCAAACUUCGUUACUUCCGACUGGUCCCAUGACGAUGUCGCGAAGUCCGCCUUGGUCGACAUGUAUGCGAGAUGUGGGUGCGUCGAUGAUGCUCGUGGCGUCUUCGAUUCUAUGUCGAGCUGGUCCUACGUCGCCCGGACGGCCAUGAUUAAUGGGUACUCGAGAAACGGGCGUUUUUCGGAUGCCAUUUGUCUCUUCCAGCGGUUUUCCGACCGGAACGUGGUUUCCUGGACCGCCCUCAUAUCGGGCUUCGUUCAGAACGGUGAUGGUUGUGGUGCGUUUUCCCUUUUUAACGAGAUGAGGAGCUAUGGUGUUGCGAUCGACCCAUUUCUCUUAUCGUGCGUCGUUGGUGGUUCUGCUAACAUGGCGGCGCUGGAGCUGGGCAGACAGUUUCAUUCUCUUGUUGUGAAAUGUGGGUUUGAGACGAGUAUGGUUGUCUGCAAUUCCCUUAUUGACAUGUAUGCGAAAUGCAGCAAUAUCAUAGCGGCAAGCAAAGUGUUUGAUAUGUUGCCUCAGAGAGAUGUUGUAUCUUGGACGACGAUGAUCGUUGGCUUGGCUCAACAUGGGCGCCCCGAGGACGCGUUUGAUUUGUUUCGAGCAAUGGUUGAUGCUGGGAUGAAGCCCAAUCAAGUGACCUUUGUUGGCUUGCUAUAUGCCUGUAGUCAUGCUGGGCUGGUCGAGGAAGGCCGCAGGAUUUUCAGUUCAAUGAGUGAAGAUCAUGGGAUUAAGCCUGUGCUGCAGCAUUAUACAUGCAUGUUGGACCUGUUGGGGCGAGCAGGGCUCCUCGAUGAGGCAGAGGAGGUUGUUAGAAGCAUGCCCAUGGAGCCUGAUGAAGCCUCGUGGGCCUCUCUGCUGAGUGCUUGUCUGAACCAUGGAGCCACUAAAAUGGGAACUAAAAUCGCUGAUCAUCUGCUCAAUUUAGAUCCCGAGGACCCAUCGACGUAUAUUCUUUUGUCGAAUGCAUAUGCUGCUUCUGGUAUGUGGGAUCAGAUGUCAAAGGUGCGGAGGUUGAUGGCAGCAAGGGAUGUCAAGAAGCAGCCUGGUUAUAGCUGGGUGGAACUUGGCAAGGGAAGUCAUGUUUUCUAUGCUGGAGAUGUUUCACACCCGAUGAAAGAGGAGAUAUUGGCUCUGCUUGGUAGAUGGCAUGUGGAGAUGAAGAAAAGGGGCUACGUUCCUGAUACGAGCUUCGUGUUGCAUGACUUGGAGCAGCAAGAGAAGGAGCAGCAGCUGUACCUGCACAGCGAGAGGCUGGCUAUUGCAUAUGGUUUUAUUAAGGCAGCUCCUGGAACGGCCAUUAGAAUCGUCAAGAACCUUCGCAUUUGUGGCGACUGUCAUACCGUUAUCAAGUUAAUCUGUAGCAUAAUUUGCCGGGAAAUCAUCGUAAGGGAUGCGACACGGUUUCAUCAUUUCAAAAAUGGCAAAUGCUCUUGUGGAGAUUUUUGGUGACUGGUCAUGAGGGUUGUUAGUUUCUGUCUCUGCUGGAAAUGCAUGAGCAGCAGCACUAACUUCUGAUGCUAACCUUUGGCCAACGGAGGAACUGUUAGUUCAGUCUACUGAUCCCAUACGAUAGAAAACUGGAAAGCUGUCAUGACCUCGUUUUCAAUCAUUUUUCUUGUGGCUGCACAGGGAAAUGCCCAAUAACCUGAAUUAUCCUAUGCAAGACUUUCUGUGUAAAUGUAAUUCUAGAGUCUCUGGGAAUUGUAAUCAAAUUAGUUACCAUCAUAAACGUGAUUUAACAAAAAGGAAGUCCUCGUCUUACUAUAGUGUGUUUAACUCAA